CGACGCGUCAUUUUUACUUCGACUGAGUCUUAACAAUCUCGUUUUGUUCCCACAUCGCCUAUUGCAUUGCUCUUCUCGGCAAGGAGGAAGAAUCCGCCUUCAAUUCCUGAACUCAUCGACCCGCGCAACCUCCCAAGAACCAGAAUUUUGGACAGCCGUGGGAAGGAAGGGGACAAGAUCUUGGAAAGACUCGAUCGCGAAGACCCUCAAUCCUCAACCCCAACCAACCCAUCCCCCAGAAAAGAUAUAUAUAAAACAAGAUGGCUCGCAAAUCCAGCUCCAACACGACAGCAGCAGCAGCAGCAGCAGCAGACCCCUCCUCACCCACGACGCAAUCCCCGCCCUCCAACCCAUCCUUCUCCUCUCCUCAACCCGACACCACAGCAGCAGCAGCAGCAGCUACACCCAAGUCCGGGGGAACCGUGGAAGCCACCGAACAGCAACUGAAAGCCCGCGCGGAAGCGGGCGUAGGCAUUGAGGACUACCUCCUCCCACGCUCCCUAACAAUCCGCCUGGCCAAAUCCGUCCUCCCACCCAACACUUCUAUCCAAAAGGACGCGGUAUUAGCCCUCCAGAAGGCGGCGACGGUGUUUGUCUCGUAUCUGAGUUCGCACGCCAACGAAGCCACGCUCAAACGAACGGUCGCGCCGGCGGACGUGUUUCAUGCGCUGACGGAGUUGGAGUUUGAUUCGUUCCGCGGGCGGUUGGAGAAGGAGCUGGAUGCGUUUACGGAGUUGAAGGCCGGGAAGAGGAGGGGGAAGAAGGAUGGUCUUGCUGCUGGUGGGGUGACGGUGGCGGGAGGGGAGGGUGCUCCUGCUGCUGCUGAUGCGGAAAUGAUGGAGGUUGAUGAAGACGACAAGAAUCGCGGGGCGAAGAGGGUUAAGAGGACUGCUGUUGCUGCUGCUGCUGCUGCUGCUGCGAAAGAGGAUCAGAAAAUGUCGGAUGGGGAUGGGGAUGAGACGCAGGAGGAGUCGGGGCGGGGGGAUGGGGAUGAGACGGAGGAGGUGGAGGAGGUGGAAGAGGAGGACGAGGACGAAGACGAUGACGAGGAUGAGGACGACGACGAGGAGGAGGACGGCGAGGAGGAACCCAAGGAGGAGGACGAUAUCGACCGGGUUGAGGAUCUGGAUGGAGGCGACGCCAGGCACCGCGCAAGAGUCAUGAACCCGGAUGUCGACGAGGAUGAGACCGACAGUGAGCAUGAGUCAGGGCCUGGGAACCAGCUGAGGGGGGAAUUGGGUUGAUACCUGUCAGAUACCUCGUGAUGAGAACGCGUCUACUGCUUGCAAUGUACAAAUGAGGGUUGAUACCCAAAUCAACUACCG